UUUGUCCGUCUUCGACAACACAGACGAGUUAUUCAAAAGGUUGCCGUCUGACUUUGAAUUUUUUCGGACAAAUAUCGGGGUGAAAAAACGCGUUUCCGUACUUAAAACUAAACAACAAAUGAAUUAAAUCUUGGAUUUCGAGUGUUAUGUGACUGUUGCGCCCAUCUUUUGUAUCGAGGGAUUAUUCGAGUGACUUUUAGUGUUUGUGUUUGCCUAAUGAUAAUGAAUAGUUUUCGUUCUAUGAUAUGAUAUCCCAUAAUGGCCGGCCAUGUACGCCGGUACAAAACCCGUACGUUCCUCAAACGUUAGAGUCAUGCAAAUCUUCCACGAGCUUAAAGCCCAAUUCCCAACCGUUCCCGAUCACAUCAUCACAGCCUGCAUCACGUCCCACUUAGCAUCGGAUUCGCCUGGAAAUCUACGAGAUUUGGUCGUAGCUACGGCCGCAAAAGACCAACAGAACCAUCAGAUGGGACGACCUUCUUUACAGCUUGAUACAUCUCCCUUUACUACCCCAACCCCAAUAGCAGCUGAUAUGAGCGUCAGCGACUUGGUUAAAAGUGAAACAACCACAAGUGAUCCAAUAAAAAAUACCAGCCUAGCAAAACGUCCAAACACUUUAAACAUAAACAGCGACCGCAAGUUACAGUUAUCGGAAAAGUGCAGAGACGUGCACAAACUGUUAAAUUCGCCGAUUCUCGCUGAUAAACCACCGCUAUCUCCGUUAAGUGUUAAACGAUUUGCCGCCAAGCAAGUGCCAAAAGUGCUCAAAAAAGAAACAGUUUCCACUCCCACUCAGACCACUGACACUCUAGUGAAUAACGCGCCGUUAACCAGUCCCAGCCUAAAUCUAUCCCUCAACGUUAACUGCCAAAUGGGGCUGGUGCAAAGCCCUACCAAACCCAGGUGUACUACUAGAGUUGACUUUACACCAACCCAGCCUUGGCUCAACCCAAACCCUUUCCUGCCAGACCCCGCAUCACCUCGAAGUUUUACCAGUGUUAACCUGACUUUAAGACAGCCCACCUCUACACCACAAGAUCCCAUAGAUAUAACUUCGCAAAAUUCAAGUUUGACGUACUCUACAAGCAGUUUCGAUAAGGAAAAAGGACUGGAGAGUAGAUUGCAGAUUACAGUUGGACCCAGUGGUAGUGUGACGUCGGUUAGAGCCAGACCUAGAAGCUUUCAUUUGGGAGAUACUCCUCGGCAAGAAGGCGAAGAAGAUGCACUGAGGACGGGGUCGUUGAAUAAUUUAGCCGCAAUAAAUCCAGAAGCUUCAGUGUUAGUCAGGCAACAAGCUCGGAUAGACCACAUGAAAAUAGAGCUAAGAACUGAUACUGCAAGGCUGGUGAUUUUGCGACAAGAAGUCGAGGAGUUGGAGAAGAAAACACUACAGGUUCCUGAAAGCCGAACAGCAGAAGAAAUAGAAAAACAAUUAAAACUAGAAAUUAAACACUUGACGUUCCAGUGUGAACAAUUAGCUGAUAGGUUAGAUCAAAAUCAAUUCUAUAACAAUAUUUAUUCGGGACCUACAGGUCCUCUAAUAGCACCUCGUCAAAGACAAUCUCCCAGACGACCUCAAGGAGGACGUUACUCGGACUUUCCCGACGCGGAUGAUUCCAGAUGGAACUGUUCCGUUUGCACAUUCCUCAACCAUCCCGACCUGGACAAAUGCGAACAAUGCGAUAUGCCUCGCGUGUUUCACGGUACGAACUUUUCAGAUUUAACCCUGGAUGGUUUGCCUAAUCCCAACGCUUUGAACAUGUCUUAUGAUAUGUUUAAAAAGUCCGCUAAUGCGCUUAGAAAAAGCGUCAGCGCUAAUGAAAAUCGCUCGCCCAUAACCAGACGCGAAAUGUUGAGGAGGCUGCGCGAUAAUAAUGCUGCAAAAGAGACUAACAAUAAUAGGGUUCCAUUGAAUUCUAGUGUGUCUGCUCCUAGUAUGGUACAUUUUUCAAUGGAACCUGAUAGUAGUAGUGGAGCUUGAAUUUGUGUGUUUUUAAUUUUGCAUUGUGAUAUUGUGUUUGAUUUUAUAAUAACUUCUUAUAGAAGCUAAAAACUUAUUGUUGUACAUUUUAUUGUCCGUCGAUUUUAAUCUGAUACUCGGACGGAAUGUGAGCUGGUGGCUCCCUACAUUAGAACGCCAGUGGUUAUCUGAUGACAUCAUACCUGUUUUUGCCAUAUGAAACACCCCCUCGCUCCUCAUACGGAAAGUGUCAGUUAAAAAUCGACGAACAAUACUCUUUGUCUUAUUUUAUUAUUAUUAUUAUCCAUUGGUUAAAGCGUUGAUUGACGUUAAACUAAAUUCCAGCCAUUAUUUUUAGUUUGGUUUAUUUGAACUACUUAUUGUUACAUUGUUUUGAAAUAAAUAGUUGAGUUUUAAAUUUUUCUCUUUUAUUUUCUAGUAUCAGCUGCUCCCGGGGAUAAUAUUCAUAUUCAUGUUACUCCAAGACUGCCUAGACGUAUUGUUCAUUCUUGGGUUCUAUGAAAAGAAGAAUAGUUUUUACACUUUUUUUUUUGGCUAUUCUCUAUUUAAUUCUAAUUAUUUAUUUUAUAGGUAAAUUAAAUUCGCUCAUCAAUGUACACAAUUUUAUUUGUAACACAUAAAUAGCUAAUUUCUUAUUUUUUAAGUUGAUAUUGUAAAUAUUUAUUUAUUUUUAAUUAAAAUAAUGCUUAUUUUGAUAAUUUAUUUGUACAAUACUGACUGAAGUUAAACAGCUGUGCCUCUUUCCAAAUUCUGUUUAAUUUCAGCUGUAUGCUCCCCAUAAAACCUAUCAAGCUUCUUAUUAAACUUAGCAUUUCUUUCGUUGAUGUAAUCAAUAUCAGCAUCAUCAUUGUGCAUCCUCCUUCUCGAGAAUUUAUUCCUCUUGGAAAUUUGAUCUUCAACGCUUUUCACCAAAUUAUCUACAGCUUCCGGUCUGUCCUGGUGCAGCCCAUGAACUAUUGUGUUGGGACCUGCGUAAAAAGCAUCCCCAUAUUUUUGUUUUUGCUCUUCGUACCACUCCAUGUCUUUUGGGGCCAUGUUUUUCACCAGCCUGUUGUAUUGGCGGUGCGUGGCCGCUUCGAAAUCGGAAAAUCCUACAUCGGGGUUCUUCUUUUUCUUUUUUCUUUCCAGUUUUUCCGCAUCCACAGCCGUUACGUUUAGUAACUUCAAUCGAUCAUAAUCUUCAC